AUGGAUGAGAUUAUUAAGCAUCCCGGUCACCAGCAUGAGUUAUCGCUGAGUGAAAGGAAAUAUCCUUUUAUUUGCAGUGGAUGCAGCAGAGAACACUGCGAUGGAGGUGUGAUGAUCUACAGUUGCAGGGAAUCUGAUUGUGGGUUCUCCCUGCACGAAUCAUGUGCAAAUCUACCGCAGGAGUUGCACAACCCCCUUCUUCACCCACACCCUCUUUCCCUGCUAGUACACCAAGAAUUGUGGUCUCACUGUUAUGUUUGUGCCAAGCCUUUCAGGAGCUUCGCCUUCAGCUGCGACAAGUGCGAGUCCAUCGUGGUUGAUGUUAAGUGCGCUUUUAUAAGGCUAGCGAAAGAAGAAAGGGACCACCCUGUUCCUACACUACAUUUUAGCCACCAUGAGCAUCCAUUUCUAGUCUUCGAGAACAUACCUGCCCAUCACAUUAGGUGCCGCGUGUGUGGAGCAUACUGCUCGGACCCGAAGACCUAUGGUUGCCUCCCAUGUGGCUUCUUUCUCCAUCCCUCGUGUUUUAACUUGCCGGAAGAGAUUUUACAUCCCUUUCAUCCAUACCACCCUCUCACCCGAAAACCCAUCAAGAAGCCAAAACGCAUCACGAAGGAUGAUGAUGAUGAUGCUGAUGUUAAAUGCAAUGCCUGUCGCAGGCAUAUCUGGGGGAUACAGUACUUCGGCUGCUUCGCCUACUUUUGUGAGUACUGUAACAAUACGAAGACUAGCUUUUGCUUGGACGCCGAAUGCGCUAGUGUGAUAAUGCCUGCCAUAACAUACGAAGGCCACGAUCACCUUCUACUAUUCUUGGACAUCGAUAAAAAACUGUGGUCCAUUACCAUAUACCAUUCAACACAAAUCCCACAUUCAUCCCCUUAUCCUUACAAUUUGUCCCAUUGA